AUGGCCACAGCAAAAACUGCCAAAACAACCUACAAGGACAUGAUUGUGUCAGCCGUUACAGGCUUGAAGGAAAGAAAUGGCUCAAGCCGUCAAGCUCUGAAAAAGUUCAUUAGGGCUAACUUCGAUGUCAACCCAACCAACUUUGACUCCCAGUUCAACAUGGCCAUCAAGAGAGGUGUUGCUGCUGAAUAUUUGCUUCAGCCAAAGGGACCUUCUGGACCAGUGAAGGUGAACAAGACCGUUAUUAAGCCUAAAAAGGCUGUUAAGAAGGCUCCUGUGAAAAAGGAAGCAAAGAAGGAAGUUAAGAAGGAAACCAAAAAGACCAAGCCUGCACACAAGAAAAUUGUCAAGAAGGCUGUUGCCAAGAAACCGGCAGCACACAAGAAGACUUCAAAGAGAGCACCAAAGAAGGCUGUUGGAACGAAAAAGGCUUCAACGAAAAAGGCUAAAACCACAAAGAAGGUUUCUAAGAAGUCUUCGAAGAAGACCAAGAAGGCACCAAAGAGAAAGUGA